UCUUUGCGUCCUUUUGGAAGGGGGCGGGAUUCAGGUAGGUCAUGGUCUGCCGCUCUUUGGGCGAAUGAGACGUCACAUCAAUGUAUACAGUAUCGUCAAUGCAUCGAUCUACUCCGGUACGGAACUGUCAGAAGCCAUACCCGAACUAUCAGUGUUUGCCUGUCCCCUGAAGUUAGUGGGAGCAGUUGGAAGUACAGAGGACUCCGUCGUCCAGACACAGGAAAGUCGUCCGACCGGUGCACAUCCCCUAAGAAAAUUUGGUAUCACAGCGAAGUUAAAACGAUCCUGACGCUACCCACACUCUUAGGACCGAACUUUCGGGGUUCAACAGGGAAAGAGGAAAAUAGACGGGAUUUGAGAUACUUUAUUCUGUGCAUUUGUUGACUAUCGACAUUAUGUACAGCGUCGCGUCCCGAGUACUACGAUCGUCAUGACUACGACAGGUUUCACCGAAUGCAUGGAAAGACGGCCGGAAAUAGCUCCUUCUAGUAUCUGGGCUAUAUAGUAUUUACCUCAUCAAGACGAGUAAAACUGCCGAGUAGAACUAUUGUUCUACUCCAUAAGGUGAAGGAUGGAGUCCGGAGUAUAUUCUUUUUAUGGAGAUGCUGUGGGAUACUACUAUUAUUGCCAAUAACUUGAACAUGAAAUGCUUAGGUAAACCAAGGGAAAAAAAGCCAAAGAAAAGAAACAAGCCCCAAAGUGAUGGGUAGAGGCGCCAUAGGGAAACUAUUGCAUGCAGACCAUCAUUUGGAACACCACUGUACCACUUACAAAAGCACUCUGUUUCUGCCAUACUCUAUUAACUUUCUGCUCUGUCUCAAAGCACGAGUCAGGGGGUUGAAACUGUUGUUUUCUUUUUCUUUUUUUCUUUUUUUCUUUUGGAGGAGGGGGGGGAAGCAACUGUGUUAUCAUAUUUUGUUUAGCGCCUUUAUCCAUGCGAGGGACUUCGGGUGGUGGUGAUGAAUGUUGUCUUAGAUCAAAGCUCCAUUUACUCCGUACUGCUGCCGAGUUGCUGCGCAAUGUGACAAUAAUGAACUGACAGGACAAAAACCCCGUGUAUGAGUCUACGCCGUCAUGGGUCCUUGAAUAUUAUGUUGUCCUUUUGUUUUGUUUUCGUUUUUGACUACGGUUGACUAUUGGUGCCCUAUCAUCUCGAAACUGGAUCAAUACCUUUAGAGUAGUGGUGUCAUAACAAGUGGCGGAUUAGUUUGAAUUGCAGCGUGUAGAAGGAGACCGAAUGGGUAAACAUCUAUUCAUGGUUCGGAUUAUACUUCAUACACCGGGCAUUACGACUGGGCGGAGUCGGACGGUACGGAGCAGAGGAAACCUGGAAAGGCGCAGCAGCAGAUGUUGGAUUGGGUGAAUGACGAGUUGGAAGCGGAUUCGUUGGCAGGCGGAGUUUGAGGUAUUCAAUCACCUAACCAUCAUUGACUCGGAUGGUGGACUUGCUUAGGGUAUGUGCCACCACCACCAGUAGGAGUCACAAGGGAGGGAGAGGGGGCUGAUGGUCGCUGAGUGAGUCGGGACGGUCGUGGUCCCGCGGCCUGCGCCU